UUGAGCGAGAUUUCAGAGAAAUAGGGGGUUCAAGGUAAUAGAUGAUAUUAUAAUUCUCGUAAGACAAGAUUACAAAAAAUGAGUAAUUAGAAAAUUAAACCUUAAAGUUAAUUUUAUAAACGAAAAAAAAAAUUUCAACUUGAAGAGUGGUUUAGAAGAUAAGGAGCAAUAAUUUUAAAACGUGCCAAUUUACCCAUCGUCUAAAUGGUAUGAAUGUUACAGACAGAUCACUUUAUUUGGUACAGCUUCUGACUGAGGCACAACAUUUAUACAUUUUGUUGAAGGUGCCCUUCCAUAAUCUAGGAGAGGGAAUCUUUCGUGUGUUUUCUUUUCAGGAUUAGGUUCAAUACUUUCAACGCAGAAUUGUUCUGUUUGACACAAGAAGAUGAAGACGCUUACAAUUUUGAUCAUAGUGGUUGUAUUGUUAACAGUUUAUUCCCAAACUGCAAAUUCAAAAGCUGUUUCAUGUGACACGGACGCCGAUUGUCCCGUAGGGAGAGAGUGCAGAUUGCGAGCACGUAUAGAAAAUGCUAAUGCAAAGUCAAAGAAAAAGUGUUUCAAAGUUAAAGAAAAAGGAGACAAAGGUGACCAAGUUCCUCAGGAUGAUGUCGAAAGUGCACAGGAAGAGCCUGGACCUGCGCGGUACCUAGAAGAAACUGACCUUCUAGGUCAACAGGGAGAAUUCGAAGCCGAAGCAGAGCAAUUCCCAGAAGAAACUGAUUUACUUGAAGAGGCUAGAGCUGAGGAAAUGUCAGAUCCUCAGAGAGAGCUUGGAGAACCAGGACCAGAAGAACUCCCAAGUGAUAACGAGAAGACAGAAAGUAAGGGAGAAAUUGGAGACAUUAGCAGUCAAGGACAAAUAGAUGACACUGAUAGUAUAAGAAGUGAACAGGGUGUGCAAGGUAUUUCCAGCCUUGUAACACCUGACGGCUUUCAUAGUCUUAUUACAAAGCACAGUCAGUCCACCGGCAUUCCAAUUUGUCCAGUGGGUAUGGGGAAAAUGUGGGAAGGAUACAGUUUGUUGUACGUUGAAGGAAAUGAAAGAUCGCAUCACCAAGAUUUAGGAUUGCCUGGCUCCUGUAUUCAAAGAUUCACCACAAUGCCAUUCCUGUUUUGCAAUAUCAAUAAUGUCUGCAACUAUGCCAGCAGGAAUGACAAAUCUUAUUGGUUGUCAACCAAUGCUCCAAUGCCAAUGAUGCCUGUAGCAGAGUUAGAGAUUCAGCCAUAUAUAAGUAGAUGUGUUGUUUGCGAUACUCCGACUAACGUGAUAGCAGUACAUAGUCAGACACUUGAGAUUCCAGAGUGCCCAAUUGGAUGGACUGGACUAUGGAUAGGAUACAGCUUUUUAAUGUAUACUGGUGCAGGUUCAAGCGGAGGUGGUCAACCAUUAUCCAGUCCUGGCAGUUGUUUGGAAGAAUUCCGUGUAAAUCCUUUUAUAGAAUGUAAUGGAGCAAAAGGCACCUGUCACUAUUUUGCCAACAAAUACAGCUUCUGGUUGGCAACGAUUGGACAAAAUGAUCAAUUUAAAACACCUGUAAUGGAUAAUCUUAAAGCAGGCAAUCUAAGGUCAAGAGUUGGUAGAUGUCAAGUUUGCACAACGUCAGGAAGCUCAUAAAACAUUUAAUACAGCUUAGUUUAGUACUCAUAGUAUGUCAUAAAAUUCGUAAUGACAGCGUAGUUCACGGCGGAAAUACUGCAGUUUAUCGGUGUUAAGAUUCGGGUUGGUGUUGUAAUGAGUCUUCGUAGCUUAUAAUUGCCGCAGAAAAAUCUGUUUAACUAAACCAUGGAUUUGCAGAUUUCCAUCUUGUACCAUGUUCACACACACACGUCCGCACGUAUGCAGGCACACAUAAACACACACUUGUAUGAUGACGCAUCUUGAUUCAAUAUAAUGUUACAAUAACAUCAACUUAUUUUUAAACGACAUUUGACUCCCCGUUCUAAUUGAAAAAUAUUAUACUGUAACGUCCGUUUGUCUCGAUUUUUGUAUUUACAAUGUACCUGUUUCUUCAUAUGAUAUAGUAUUAAGAAGUGAAAUUUGACUGAGAUUCCGCUUCGAUGGAGAUUCGAACAGGUCAUCUGCCGCUUGCUGUUUUGCUUUUACACUAGUGAUCAACAUUGUCUGAAAUACACCCUCCUUUGUUGCAGAACUAUUAUAUAAUUAUGACGACGCAUUUCCAUUUCUAUUUCACGCAUUUAUUACAUUCAAGAAAAAUGUACCUGUGCAGACGUAUCGCGUGUAAUAUUUAAUUCAAAGCUUAACCUCAAUUAAUACCAUAUUUCACAGAAAAAGAUGUGCAUAACAAUACAAAAUGUACAUGGUGUAACAAGCAACUUUCUACUCCAGUUGGAAAUAAUGCCAAAAAUCCAGUAUUCCCCUUAAAACACAACACCUGCAUGAGGGCAUUGUGGGAAACCAUUCUUUUACAUGAAGGACUGAAAUGGUAAUAUUCGAUCAAAGUACAUCAAAUCUAUCCGAAAAAUGCAGCAAUAAGUACAAUCACGAAGUUUCAUUACAGCUGUCUAGUUCGUCAUUAUUAUUACUGCAUGUUUAAAGACCAGGAACUUUCUUAAAAAUCUACUCUAAGUAAAACUCGAGAAUCUAAACUAUAGCAUUACAUUGAACAUGUUGCUACAUUGACACCGUGCAUGAGGGCAAUUCUAAAAACAAGAGGGCCAUGAUGGCCCUAUAUCGCCCAUCUGUUAUCAUUGCACUUGAGGACAAGAAGGUCCUCAGAAAAAAUAUCUAAGUCCAAAGGACAGGAACAACAAAGGAAAGAAAUUUAACCAAAAAAGAAAAACAAAAUUCUUACAAGGUACAGAUAUGUCAAAAUACACCUACAAAUUGGAGGUACCAUCCAUGUUGUACCACAAAAAAGUGGUCUCGGUUUUUCCCUACGGCCAAUAAUAAAAAAGUUACUAAAAAUAGGCUAUUUAUAGUAACGUAAAAGGGACGUAAUUCAAAAGAAAACUAUUGUAAGUUAAAAAAAAGAAGGAUCUGCCAAAUAAAUCUGUUGACAUUAAUGAAAUUUCAGAUCAGUAUCUUCAUUAGUUACGGAGCCUGAUUGGCUCGGUCCAGCUAAUGACAAUAAUGAAAUUUCAAAUAAGUCCUGUAAGUACUUACUGAUAUAAAUCCAUUUUGACUACAAUCAGGGGAGGUAAUCAGAUAUAAAAUAACUCUGGAAACUACGAUUGGCUCUGAUUUGUCAUGGAAUCCAAGAUUUAUUGUUGUUGAAGAUAUUUUGGAAGUCUGUAUAUAACCAUAAAUGAAGUCUCUAUAUGGCUGCAAAAGCCAAAAUAGCCAAUUUUGGACAUUUAAGGGGCCAUAACUCUAGAACCCAUGAUGGAAUCUGGCCAAUUUAAGAAAGGAACCAAGAUCUUCUGGUGAUACAAGUUGUGUGCAAGUUUGGUUAAAAUCAAAUCAUAAAUGAAGUUGCUAUUGUGCAGACAAGGUCAAAAUAGCUAAUUUUGGCCAUUUCAGGGGCCAUAACUCUGGAACCCAUUAGGGGAUCUGGCCGGUUCAACAAAGGAACUGAGAUCUUAUGGCAACACAAGUUUUGUGCAAGUUUGAUUAAAUUCAAAUCAUAAAUGAAGCUGCUAUUGUGCAGACAAGGGAAAAAUAGCUAAUUCUGGUCCUUUCAGGGGCCAUAACUCUGGGACCCAUAAUGGAAUCUGGCCAGUUCAAGAAAGGAACCAAGAUCUUAUGGUGAUACAAGUUAUGUGCAAGUUUGGUAAAAAUCAAAUCAUAAAUAAAGCUGCUAUUGUGCAGACAAGGUCAAAAUAGCUGAUUUUGGCCCUUUCAGGGGCCAUAACUCUGGAACCCAUAAUGGGAUCUGGCCAGUUCAUAAAAGGAACCGAGAUCUUAUGGCGAUACAAGUUGUGUGCAAGUUUGGUUAAAAUAAAAUCAUAAAUGAAACCACUAUCGUGCAGACAAGAAAUUGUUGACGGACGGACGGACGCACGAAGCGUGAUCACAAAAACUCACCUUGUCACUAUGUGACAGAUGAGCUAAUAAUGGCAAUUUCUAUCGAUAAUAGCAAUCUCGCUUUAAAUUUAGUUUAUCCCUUCAGAGUAUUCACCCCUGACUUUCUGCAUUAAGAAAUCCAAGAGGUGGACGCUGCAGAGUAGUCUCCCCUUGGUAUGGUCUUCAGUAAUUGAACACUACUAUACCGAUAUAAAAAGAGGCUCAUGAUGACCCUGAAUCGCUCACCGGAGUAAUAUGAGCCACAUGUUUAAAAUUGAACACUGAUGCUAAAAUAUUAUAAAGUAGGUCAGUAAGUCGCAUUCAUGGUCACUAAAGUCAGUUUUAAGAUUGGUGUGAAAAACUGUACAUGUCAUCCAAAUUUCAAGGCUGUAUCUUAAAAACAAGAAAGUAGGUCAAUAGGUCAAGGUUACAGUCAAGUGACCCCUAAUUUCUUGUGGUCAUCAGGUAAUGAUAAGUAAACAGUUUAGGAAAUAUGAUCUGAUAAAUAGUCUAGGGAAUAUGAUCUGAUAAUUUUUGAAGUAUUUAUUCGUAUAUAACUCAUAUAACAAGUUACCUCCAGGGCGGGGCCUCUUUUCACCCAAGGGGCAUAAUUUGAACAAUCUUGUUGGAGAUCCACUAGGCAAUGCUACAUACCAAAUAUCAAAGGCAUAGGCCUUGAACUUUUCUUUCUCCCUAUAUAAGUCUAUGUUUAAUUUGGGACCCCCAGGGCAGGGCCUCUUUUCACCCCAGGGGCAUAAUUUUAAAAAAAAUUGGCAGAGGACCACAAGGUUAUGCAACACACCAAAAAUCAAAAGCCUAGGCCUCGCAGUUUCAGGCAAGAAGAUUUUUAAAGUAUUUUCCCAUACAAGUCUAUGUAAAACAUGAGACCCCCCGGGGCAUGGCCUCUUUUCGCCCCAGGGAUACAAUUUGAACAAUUUUGGCAGAGGACCACUGGGCAUUGCUACAUGCCAAAUAUCAAAGCCAUAGGUCUUGUGGUUUUAGAUAAGAAAAUAUUUUUAAAAAAUCCAAUAUAAGUCUGUGUACAACUUGUGAACCCCCGCGGCGAAGCCUCUUUUCACCCCACAGUCAUCAAAGAGGACCAUUAGAUGAUGUCAUAUGCAAAAUAUCAGGGCUCUACACAUUGCGGUUUUGGACAAGAAGAUUUUUUAAAGUUUUUCCUUUCAGUUGCCAUGGCAAUCAGAGUUCUGCAUGGAAUUUAAUUCUUUGAACAAUUUUGAAAGGGGGCCAUCCAAGGAUCAUUCCUGUGAAGUUUGGUGUAAUUCUGCCCAGUGGUUUUUAAGAAGAAGAUUUUUUAGAAAUUGUUGACGGACGCACGCCGCACGACGGACUAUGGACAUUGAGCGGUCACAAAAGCUCACCAUGAGCCUUUGGCUCAGGUGAGCUAAAAAUCCGCCCAGCCAGCAUUUCUUUUUCAGCCAUGGAAAGGAAAAUAUCACAAGGACAUAGAUCUGUUGAAUAAAUGGGAUUGUGAUUUGUUGUGAGCCGCAGAGCAGUCCAUGGGUGCAUUUGUUUUUAACCUUCGUUUCACAGCUUUCAAUACUGUACUUUGUCUCUAUAAAACUUUCCAUUGACUGACUUUCCUGACGGUGUAGGUAUUUGUGAAACAGAACCCUUGAGGUAAAGAAGAUUGAAACAAAGCAUUUUUGACACUUCUAGUUUUUUGCUAUCACUGGUGUGUGGUCAACUUUUCGAAGCCACGCGACGCCUUGGAAAAUAAAAGCAUAUCCAGGUCUUAUAUCCUGUUAGGAGCUUUGAUAGAAAUCCGUUGUUCCAUUUCAUUCUGCCUGAUAGUUAAGACUUCCUAUGAUAAUUAUAUGUUGUUAAGAAUCAUAACACCUCCGAAGAAUCACCUACCGAAUCAUGGCACCAAAUAAACUGCAGCAUUCCGCUCGUAAACUAUGAUCUCACACGGUUUUAUGGGACAAAUGGAAACGAUUGUGUAUUAUUAAUCAACUGACGCCGACUAUUUACCAAGAAAAUUGCGUGUUUGAAAAUACUUGCCCCAGGAGUUGCUUGACGGAAUCCUGUCAUAUACCUGUCUUCCAAAUCAUUUUAUGUUGUAACAUUUAUAGUGACAGAUGGUAAAACCCACGAACGUAUGCAGAAAGGCCAUGAAAUGCAAACAUUUUUUUUUAAUGUGAUAUUAUUCUUUAAAGCAAGAACAUUUGAAAUAGAGAACGGUGUAAAAGUGUACACAAGCAAAACAUAUAGGGAUAGCACUAGCUAAAAGCCUUAUUCAAAUAUGAAUGGUGGGUAAGAUAAUGCAUUUUUAAUGACAUAUCUUUUUGCAGUCAGCUCUACCAAUAUGUCCGUUUUAGCGAACAAAAUAUGUGUUGCCUAAAUACCUGCUUACAGUCAGUAAAUUGUAGCUUCUUCGUCUCUUAAAUAUCGUAAUAUAGAAUAUAAGAUUAUUUUACUGCUUGUAGGUGCAGAUGGAAAUUUCCGGCUUCGAGAGUAACUGUUAGGCGGUAACAAGGCUCUGCCGAGUUACCGCGUAAACAGUUACCCGAGAGCAGGAUAUUCACAUCUGCACCUAUAACCAGUGACAGAAUCAUUUUCUUGCAUACCAUAUUCAAUAAAUGAUAAUAAUAAAAAGUCAAUCCAACGGCUUUCUUUUUAUAAGUAUUUCUUAUAGCAGCGUAUUUAAACAAAGCGCGGGAAACCGACUUCCGUAAACAGGAAAGGUGUCAUGACGUAUCAAAGACAAAUAACAAUGUAUAGAUUUGUUUUUUCAGUUGCAACGUAACGUUAUGAUUUUUUGAUAACAUUUUUUGAAUCGAGAAAUAUACUAUCAGGAACAAAGAACUGUCAAGGUAUUGGACUUUUAUUCCGUUUUAUGAAAUAAAAUGUGAAUUACUACAUAAAUCUUCUACAUGUAUAUGUAGUUCGUAAUACGUCAUUUACAGCACGAGAGUCAUCUUACAACCCGGGGUUUAAGAUGGAUUUUCCAGCACCGGUAAAAAUACCGGAAGUCCCCGUCUGGUAUGUACAAGAAACACUUAUAUUUGUUUAAUAAUGAGCGAUUUUCAGAUAUAACAAAAUCAUUGAUUUGCAUAUCAUAUUUGAAUAGAAACGCGGUGUCAUUGAUAUAUUUCGGGUUUCAGUUUUUAUAAUGUAAGUAAGUUAUGAAUACAUUAAAUCUUGUGCAAUAACUUUCUAUUUUUUUCUUUACUUCAGUGAUUGUUUUCACUGUAGAUCACUGUAGAAAAACAUGCCGCCAAACCAAUUUCCUCGUUUGCCAGUUUAGAAAUCAUCAUGCUUUCAAACAAAAUGAAAGAUUGUUGCAUUUUUUUCCGAAUAAAUAAAACAAUUAUGUCGUCUGUAGCAUUUUU